CCUCCUGCUCUGCUUCAUCUCGUUAGUCUGACCAACUUGUCUUUAGAGUCAAAUCUUUUAGAAGGCAAUAUCCCAAGAGAUAUUGGGAAAGCAAAAUCCUUAAAAUUCUUGAACCUUAGGCAGAAUAGGUUCAGUGGUCCCAUCCCCUUUCAAAUUGGUCGUCUUUCUAUGCUCAUGGAGUUCUAUAUUGACCACAACCUCAUCAGUGGAGAGAUACCUUCCGAGCUUGGCAACUUAACAAAUCUAUUGGCCUUGGAUCUCAGCCAUAAUUUUCUUACAGGAAAUAAGGGAUUAUAUGAUCACCAUCUUAGGAACAGAGGGUUGAGGCGUGUUAAAAUUAUUCUUCCCACCACCAUCUCUGUUUUCUUGGUACUUUUGGCUUUGUUGUUGCUUUCUGGAAGAAUACAUAAGGCUAAAAGUAGGGAAGCAUAUGCUAGUCCAACAAAAAAGGGGGAUAUAUUCUCAAUAUGGAACUUUGAUGGAAGGAUUGCAUAUGAAGAUGUUAUUGAAGCAACUGAGGAUUUUGACAUCAAAUAUUGCAUUGGCACCGGUGGGUAUGGUAGUGUUUAUAGAGCACGAUUGCCAAGUGGCCAAGUAGUUGCUUUAAAGAAACUACAUCAAAGGGAAGCAGAGGAGCCAGCCUUUGAUAAGAGUUUCAGAAAUGAGGUUAAGAUGUUGACAGAAUUACGACAUAGAAACAUUGUGAAGCUUCAUGGAUUUUGCCUGCAUAGGAGAUGCAUGUUUUUGAUCUACGAAUACAUGGAAAGAGGAAGCUUGUUUUGUGUGCUUAGAAAUGAUGAUGAAGCUGUGGAUCUGGAUUGGAACCUAAGAGUGAAUGUCAUAAAAUACAUAGCACAUGCUUUGUCUUACCUUCACCAUGAUUGCAUCCCACCCAUCAUUCAUCGAGACAUAUCAAGCAACAACAUUUUAUUGAACUCGAAACAGGAGGCUUUUGUUGCUGAUUUUGGAAAUUCUAGAUUUUUGGAUCUUGAUUCAUCCAAUUACACUGUACUUGCUGGCACCUAUGGUUAUAUUGCCCCAGAGCUUGCCUAUACAAUUGUUGUGACGGAGAAGUGUGAUGUUUAUAGCUUUGGAGUUGUGGCAUUAGAAGUAUUGAUGGGAAGACAUCCUGGGGAACUAUUAACAUCAUUGUCAUCAUCACCAUCUUCUUUGCAAAAUGUGAUGCUAAGUGACAUAUUAGAUACACGUCUAUCACCUCCAAGAAGCAGAAAUCUUAUGAAGAAUAUUUUGGUUGCUACUACACUUGCAUUGGCUUGCUUGCGCGGGAAACCCAAGUCUAGGCCAACAAUGAAAUUUGUGUCUCAACAGUUUGUUGCUUGCCAAACACCACUCGAGAAGCCUUUUCCAUCUAUUUCUCUAUUGGAACUUGUGAAUAGUGAAUUGAAGAUGGAAAAUGAAAUAGAAUCUCUACCAAAACUUUCAAGUCAUCCGGCCAAAUAUCAUGAUUCGUCCUCAAACGAAAUCCUUGAUGUAUAAUUUUGAGAAUCAAAUGGCUACCUUGUUUUGACGAGAGAUUGUCAAUAAAAACAACUUGUUCCUCCUUUAGUUAAUAAAUAGAGUACCCUACAU